CACCAUUUUCUCAUCAAAACCUCUACCUUUAGCCCUUUUCUACAUAUUUCUUCUUUCUUCUCUCAAUCGCCUCAACAAUGGCCUGUGGAAAAUCAAAGUCGAAGGCCUCCAAGAAGAAGGGCAACGCCGAAGCUUCGACCUCAGCGCCCCUGCCGUUUCCCUAUCUAGACGGCUCUUUUCUCGAGUUUGGCUCGGAGGAGGAACUCACCCGGUUUCUCACGCACUUCGCCAAGCGCCCAAUCUCUCCGCCCAGGGUGCUGCCCGAGUUGUUUCCCCAACAAAAGGGGUACCACGAGCUUGACAAUCAGCUUCAAGCGUCGGGUCUGUGGUCGUUCGUCUCUAGGAGGCGCCAGUCCUACAAUCCCGCCUUUGUCCGGGCCUUCUACUCCAAUCUCCGCCACGACAGCGACACCAUCUAUAGCAGCAUCAAUCUCUACGACAUAGAGAUUGAUUUGCCCACCUUUGCAUGGGUUGUAGGGCCACCCAUCCGAGGCGACGACAUUGCGACCAGCCAUACCUCGCUCUUCAACGAGGAUUUGAAGGCGAUUCAUGCAAUUAUCCACGGCGCCUCCAUCAAUUGGGCAAAAUUCGUCAUGAUACACAUGGCAGAUUGCGCCUCACUCGCCACCGUGCGGAGCUUGCCGUAUGCCUUCCUCAUCAUGGACCUCAUCGUCUCCGCCGAUAUCCACAUCGCCGGGCCAGACACAAAGAUGACGAAGCUUUGGAUGAUCGCCGACGGCACCUUCCGGAAGAAGUCCGGAAACAGAGACGGCGCAGGCCCGACGUUCUUCCGCGGCAUCAACUACGUCCCACUGCCCUUUGAUAGCACCAUCCUCGAUCAAAACUUUGAAGGCGAGGAUGAAUAUGAUGACUCCUAUGCUCCGUCCUCCUCUCCCGACGAGGCCGACUUUGAAGACGCGGUCGACGGUGAUCCCAUGGACGUCGAGGACGACGAGGACGAGGACGUCGACUCCUAGACUUUUCCUUUCUUUUUUUCCUUUUAAUAUGAUUGUAUUUUUUUUUAAUUUCCAUUCCGCUGUAUUCCGCAUUUCCCUUUCAAUGAAUAAAAGUUCACUUUUAUUUCUUUUUGUUAAUGUCAAAAGGGGGAAGAUAUAAAGGUUAUGCAUAGAU